AAUGACUGGGUGAGGGGGCGGAGACCGGAGUCAGAAGCCCAGGCGGCGGAGGAAGGGAGCGGGCGGCUGUUAUCGCCUGGCAGUGGCGACUCGGGGCGCCGGCUUUCGGCUCUGUCCUCUCUCUCCCCCCCCCCUCCCCCCAACUUGUCGGCUGGGUCUCGGAGGUUCUGGGUGAUGGAGGCUCCGGCCGCUCGUACCGAAAUGCUGGAGCUGGCGGAUGAGGCUUUCCGGGCGAUGAACUACGAGCUGGCGGCCGAUAUUUACGAGUGCCAGCUGCUGGAGCUGGGCCCCCAGCGGCCUCUCUACCUGAGCAAGGCCGACGCUCUGGCCCGUUGUGGCCGCUUCACUGAGGCCUUCGAGGCCUACCAGAGCGCCGCGGAUCUGGAUCGACUCAGGCCCGAGAACCUGCAGCAUCUGCUGGACUGCAUCGCCGCCAAUAUCCGCGUCAAAGAGGCGCUGUCGAGGCCGCAGCCUCCCUGCCGGCUCCGGGCCGGGGCCCCAGCUGAGAGCCCCGGGGACCACGCCGGGACUGGCUCUGGGGAGGAGGCGCCCUCGGACCCGCUGAGGUGCCAAGUCUGCCUGGAGCUGCUCUUCGAGCCCGUGUCGCUGCCGUGCGGACACACUUUCUGCCGGAGAUGCGUGGAGGAGGAGACGGUGACCGAGUGCCAACUCUGCCAGCUGCCGGUGUCCGUGCGCCCUAGGGCCAGGAGCGGGGCCUCCCCCGAGUCCAGUUUCAGGCUCAAUGUGGUUCUGUGCAACUUGCUGGAAAAGUGGUUCCCGUCCGAGUGCCGCUCCCGGCGGCUGCAGCUGGAGGCGGCUGGGCUGGUCAGGAGCGGGGAUUACUCUGCUGCUCUGGGGCUCUGUGAGCAGGCUCUGUCUCUGGUACCCCAUGACUACAUGAUGAGGUGUUACCGUGCCGAGCUAUAUAUAACUACAGGAAAAUACAAGGAAGCACUUUGUGAUGGAGAUGUAGCAUGUACACUUAAACCACUAAAGACAAAGGGGCAUUUUUGGAAAGCUCAAGCUCUUGUUAAAAUGGGUAGAACUGAAGAAGCUUUAAAGGAGUAUUUAUACUGCAUAGCUUUAAGACCAGACUGGAAUUCCAUAAAACUAGAAGCACAAAAGAUCUUAUGUGAUAUGUUUUCACCUGUUUUGGAGAAUAUGCCGGAUUCUCUACCAACCAGCAUGCGAUCGCAAUCAUCUUGCAUAAGACCUAAACCUACUUUUCUUAGCACUUUUAGUUCUGCACCAGUUGCCAGAGACUGUACAGUUGCUGGACCUUCUGAGGUAUUUUCCAAAAUGAACAAAAUUUCAACACAAGAGCCAAAUGCAUCAAGUCAAAUAUUGAAAAAAUCCAAGGCUACACCAGGUGAAACCUCUGUGCCAGCUGAAGCAGUUCCACCUAGUUUCACUAACGGCAGCCAAAAGAGAAAGCUAUCGCAUGAGACAGAUAUCUGUCAGAGCUUCAAAACACCCAGCAAAAUGGCUAAAAAAGAUGAAUUUGUACCCUUGCCAUUUGACAAUUUCAAAGCGUCGAGAGAGAUUCCCAGUGAACUUGUGGAUCCAUCCGAUUUUGAAUGCUCACUUUGUAUGAGGUUGUUCUAUGAACCUGUCACCACUUCUUGUGGGCACACCUUCUGUUUAAAGUGUCUAGAACGCAGUCUAGAUCAUAAUUCUAGCUGCCCGCUCUGUAAAGAAAAUGUUGCAGAGUAUUUGGUAACAAGAGCUUUCAGUAAGACAUUCUUGACAGAAGAACUGAUUAUUCAAUACCUGCCUGAAGAAUUAAAUGACAGAAGAAGGCUUCAUGAAGAAGAAAUGAAGGAACUGUCCAACCUAACUGAAGAUGUUCCAAUUUUUGUCUGCACCAUGAGCUUCCCAACUAUUCCAUGCCCUCUUCAUGUUUUUGAACCGCGUUAUCGGCUAAUGAUUCGCAGGUGUAUAGAAACGGGCACCAAGCAAUUUGGAAUGUGUAUUGGAAAUGAGCUUAAAGGGUUUGCUGAUUAUGGCUGCAUGCUUGAAAUCAGGGAUGUAAAGUUUUUUCCUGAUGGUCGUUCUGUAGUUGAUACAAUUGGCAAGUGUCGAUUUAAAGUUUUACGCCAUGGCCAGAGAGAUGGUUAUAAUACUGCCAACAUUGAAUAUCUUGAAGACAAGAAGGUGGAAGGAGAAGAGUAUCAUGAACUUGUCUGUCUUUCUGACUCAGUAUAUGACCAGGCUUUCACUUGGUUCAGUUCCCUCAAGGACAAUAUGAGAACUCAAAUUCUGAAUCAUUUCGGACCAAUGCCGGGAAAGGAGCAAAUACCUCAGUCAAGUCAAAAUGGUCCUGCCUGGUGCUGGUGGCUGUUAGCUGUUUUACCUUUAGAAAGUCGUGCUCAGCUGGCUGUUCUCUCAAUGACCUCACUCAAAGAUCGCCUUAUUGCCAUUCGCCGUGUAUUGGUAUUUGUGACCCGACAGCGGCUUCGAUCACUGAUUUUGACUUGAUGGGAUUUAAAGCUGCAUUCCAAAUGUGUUUUCAGAAGCUAAUUUUGGUAUCAGUAUUAUCUUUUUGAUCUAACCUAUAUAUGGAAAACUUAAAGCCCAAUCAGAACCAAAGUAAUAUAAUGUUCAGAAUUGUGUAAUUAAACUGAGGUGAGUCAUUCCUUUCCAUGUAUGAAAGAAAUCUACAGUCAAGAAAAUGCACUCAAAGAGACUAAAAGAACUAAGUCCUUUCACCUUAGUUGUAGUUGAAGGCAAGUGAUGUUGAUUGGAAAAUAGUUUCUCUAAAUGCUGUAAAGUCCUGUAUAAUAUGCCAUUAGGUAAAGUCAAUCACUCCUAGUAAAUGCAAGUUCACAGAACAGAAUUUUCAAUUGCAAGAAGCCAAGUGUGGCUGACCUUGGACGUAAAAAUUCACAUUGCAGUAAGGGCUGCGUAUAUGGAAAUAUACUUUGCAUCGGUUAUUGUAAUUAAGUGGAUGGCACACAGUUCAUUUGUACUGUUUUGUAGGAAGAUUUGAAGACUUAUGAUUUGUCCUGUCCCGCAUGUCUUAAUCAGCAUAUGUAGUAUGAUGCACUCUGGAUUGAACUUCUGUCAUUCUCUUCAUAUCCAAUGCUGUUGAUACACUGCACAAAUGUUGCCAAGCCCACCCCCUCCAGACAUUCCUAAUGCCAUUUUGAAAUUGUAAGGAAAUUGCCAAUAUUAAUGUUUGGGUUUAACUGCAUCACAGCAAGUUGUUGUAGUGGGAAAAUGUGCUGCCUCUAAUUUGGGAGAGUUUGAUAUUACAUUGCUGGUGUCACAAGUUAAAGUUUAUUGCUCAAUUAUUGACAAUUGGCCUGAGUUUUGCAGUCAGUAGUGAAUCAAGGACACUUACUAGUGAUCUCUGUGGCAAGAAUUUUACAAAUUACACGCAAAGGAGGUAUUGUUAUUAAUGGGGAUUCCCAGGUUGGAGCUGCAGUCAUCAAGCUAUCCAAGCUGCCAGUCACAUUAAAUAAUUGUCACGGGAUAUGCAAAGUCCUAAUAAUCAAACCACUUUUUAGAAUUCCUCAGUGAAAUUAAGAUUAGGACGUUGUCAUGGGGGUAAGGGAAAAACUGAAAUAUCAUGAACAACAAAAAAGAAUUAGGUUUUAAAUAAUUUAAUCAAAAAUUAAUAAUAACCAGGGCAUUUAAUGCACACUUUUGUUCAGUAGUUACUGUGCAGAUUGGUUGUUUAGCAGAAAUUAUCUCACAGGUUGCCAUUUAAAAACUUAGUUACACCUUACUCAACAAAGUAUAACAUUUUAUGGGGUUUCUAACAGCAAUAUGAGAGCGGAGAAGGGAAAGUUCUCAUCAGAUCAAUUGAUUUUGCUGAUUGGCUCUGAGGGCAGUGGGGAGGGGGAGGGUGCUGAAGUGAACCAUCUGUUUUUUCAAGCAUGUUCCACCAAAUAAUGUCAGGAAUUGAUUGAAGUCUUCCUACAAUUUUGGUUCUAUGAUUUUGGUACUAAACUUGGUGGUAGCUUUUCUCACCAGACCAGCAGAAGGGAUUGAUUCUUGCAACAUUUUAUGCAGGUGUAAAUGAUCUUAAGUUAUUUUGUUUUAUAUUCAGCUGGGCCUGCAAUUAUUCACUUCCAUUUGUGUAAGAAGUUAGGUGCAUGAAUGCAGAUUGGAUUCCACACGUUUGUUUUCUGUCCCAACAUAUUUCCUUUAACAAAUCACUAAUUGCUUGUGCACUGUCAAGUACAACUUUACUUAUUUAUAAAGAUACCAUUUGGGGAAUUUUGGUAGAACACCCAUAUCCUCCCACCAUAUUGCGUGACUUCUCAAGACUGAACCCCUUUUGGACAUUUUUUGCAUUUGUAACUUGUAUUGCCGAUAGGCUGUUUGGUAAACCACAUCUGAAAAAUUUCUUAAGAUUUAACACUGGCUUCAACAGAUAUUUACAUGCAUUUGUGAAUUUUAUUUCCAUUGCAUAUAAAAAAAACUGCAAACUUUGGUCUACUCAAUUGGUGGGAAUGGCCAUCUCACCUGAAAUUAAAUUUUAAAUUUCAAAGAACAAGGACCUAUUUUCUGUCACUAAUUAUGCCUGUGAAGCUAUUUAAUUUUAUUAAUAAUUGUAGCUUCAACAUGCUAUGCCAUCACCUGAAUGUGGAUGCCUGGUAGUAAACCCCCAGUGAUCGUACCCCUCACCAUUCUGUUUAAGGCCAUUUUCCAGCUUUUUCCUAUCUUUUCAACUCCUUGAAGUUAAACUGUUAAGAAUCAUUGUGUUUAACUGUAGCAAGAAAGAAAUUGCUUUAACUGGUAUAGGAAGAUGCAUAUUUUUCUUUUUCGUUCCAUUCCCUCCCAACCCUCAAGUUGUAUUUUCAUUGGCACCACCUGCUGAUUUUUAAUGUUUGUUUUUCCUGUUCAUUACCUGUUUGAUAUUUUGGAAAUGCUUAAAUUGGUAGGUUUUUUUAAUGCCCUAAAACACUGCCAAUCAUCAGUUUAGAGAUGUUUAAUUUUGAUUUCCACCAAUUUUUUCAAAAUCCUAUGAAUUUAAAACCUGUUCUUAAGGAUGUUGAACACUUGGCUUGUGAAAUAACAACUGUGAUUGAAAAAUCCAGUGUUACUGUGAAUUGUUAUCAAGGUUUGCAAUGCUAAACUUUGCUAUCUUACUGUUUUAUUUCACAUGAAGAUGCUUCACUAAUUUGUUGUAUGUUGCUGAAUUUAUACGAUUUCAUAGACAUUUCACAGUGUUGCUUUGAAGCAGCAAGCUUUGUAUUUGUUUCUGAAGUUAAAAAACCAAAAUGAGCAAUGAUAUAUAUUUGCUACAAGAACAUGGCUCAAAAACCAUUGUCCAAAUAAUGUCAGCUUUGAUUUAGUUUGUACUCAUCUUUAGUAUUAGUUCUGGUGUAUGUUGUGAAUUAAAUGGAGUAUUUACAGAUGCAGAAUUUGUUUUGCACUGUUGCUGAACACUUGAUGAAUUUUCAGCUCUGGCUAUGUUAUACAAUUGCUGCCGACAGCACUUUUUUUUAAAGGCAGGUAAUAUAUGCAAAAUUUCAUUCUUGGUUUUGCACACUGUAAAUUCUUUCGUAUGCCAUGUUGCAGUGGUCAAAAGGAAUCUGGCAUUCAGUAUUUUAGCAACCAAAAUACAUAAAUGCAAGCCCCAGACCAGUUUACAUUCAGCUUAUAUUUGCACGUGGUAUGCUCCAACACUGAACUUGAACUGGAAACUGUUUUUACCUUCAAGGAUCUGUGUCAUGCAUUUCUCAUUUAAAAUGUGUUGUAUAUGACUAGAGGCCUUUUAAUCUAAAGUCUGAAUCUCUUUAUUUACUUUUUGAAAUCUUUGCACUGUGUGGCUACCAUAAAAUGUUUUCCUAUGUUUGAUUCAAUGCCUUUUCUGUUUCAGAAAUGGAUAAAACAAUAUGCUGCAAUCUUCUAUGUAAAUAUGUAUUAUAUAAAAGUACAAAAUAUAUUUAUUUGGAUUAAAA